GGUGGCGCACGAGCUGUUGCUGCUGUCGCGGCGACCAGCGCUCGUUUGUCCGUGCGCGAGUCCGCGUGUGCUGUGUGUGUCGUCGUGUCCCCGCUUGACGUGCGGCAAAGAGUGGCGUCGCGCCAAAGGAAUCGAACCCUCAGCGUCCAGGUGCGCACUGCACCGAAGACGUCGGGACUGUUUCGGUGGCGCGGCGUGACGCGCCCCAUCUGCCUGUUUGCGCUUGGCGGGCUCGUCACCUGUUUUCUUCUUUUUGUCGGCCGCGGAGCAGCUGACAGCCCUCGCGCGUCGAGUGUGGUGUAGCGAAACGGCGGCCCCAUUUCUGUGUGUAUGCACACAACCGCUGGGGUUCGCGCUGCCUCGGCUCUGUAUAGGACGAAGCGGUGGCGGCGGCUGCCGAAAGUUUCGUACAAGUCUGCCCGUAUACCCGCUGGCAAUGGACUCAUUGGCCGAGUGGAGGCUUAAACUACGGGGACGUACCUCAACAAUUUGCCGCUGCCUUCCGUGACACCGUCGUCUCAGAGCUUGCAAAGCAUCGAGGAGAUGUACGCGUCGUCGUGCCUCUUAUCCUGAAGCCGUUAGUGCAAGAACGAAACUCUGCGAAUGCACGCAGUCGCCUCCUUAUCUGCGAUCGCGCGUUGUUGGGAGCUGUCAACCUCUUCUCUGUCAUCGCUAUAUAGCAUUCAUUUCUCUAGUGCCUAACUCCUCCUGCUGGCAGAAGUUCCCGCACAGAGUUGGAACAGAGCUCGCAGUAUAAGCUCAACAAGUUCAGGAUCGACCGCGACGCGCACUCUUCCUUUCCCGGAAUCGGAUACGACGGCGAUCGGUGUCGGCUUCGGCCGCCGCUUAUGAUGUUCUCUGCGCUCCCUCUCUCGGGAAGGAGGCCGUACGAGAGCAGUAGCGAUACGGCCAGACGGUGAGGAAUGGCGGUCUUUGCUGUUGUUCUUUUUUUCUCGCGCCCAGGAGGAAACCGGGAGGAGAAAAACUAGACGCUCCUGGAAGCUUCCGUUUGCGACUGUGUGUGUGUAUGUGCACGUAGGCUCUACUGCUAUAGAUUGCCCGUCCACAGCCGCCGCCGCCGACUCCUGGCCGACGGGCCGGAAGCGGGCGGAGAGGCGUACUCAGUGGAGCAAUAGACGGCUAUAGGCACGAAAGAAGAAUCCCCAAGCGCAACGGUCGUCGCGAAACGCGAUCUGCACCACCUUCUCUGCAGAGAAGAGGGACGGACCGACGAUCAGAAAGGAAGACAGCGCCGAGAGAGAGAAGCGCGCUCCGUGCCGUAUCCUCCUUCCCGGCUUGCGACCUACCGUUCUUGGAGCCUCCCUUGUCGAACUGUCUGCGCGAGAAAGAAGUAAAACUUAGCCGUCUCUUCAAGUGGCCCUUCUCUGCAUGCAGCGGCAGCGGUGCGUGGUUUCGGCCGAGCAGUGCUUUCAGCCGUAACGUGUCGACGACGGACGACCUGUGGCGGCGGCUGGACGGACGUCCUCUCUCUCCUCUCUGCCGCCGCCGCCUCAUCGCCGUGUGAUUGAUAAGCGCGGUCGACCGCCGCCGCCUAAAGUGGGCGGGUUCCGCUACGGGUGCCGCCGUGUGUGCUUGCUGUGGCGACGACGCACCGACGCGCGGUCGCGCAUACCUAUCUUCGCGUCUCACCGGUCUGUCGCGGAUACACGGUCUUUGCGCUAGCACCUGCCCUGCGCGCUGCCACACGAUCCACCGUUGCCCGAGUCCGGCCCAGCGCUCGCGCACUGCAUAUACCGUCGCGGGUGUCAGGUGCGAGCAAGAGUCCACGGGCUCUCGACAAGCCCGCUGUUUCCAGGCUCGCGCUUCUCUCGCUGAGCGGGAGCGUUCCUGUGGACGAGUGUGAGGUGAGACAGGAGUGAGGUGACGCCGUGCGGACUUCUUUCGCUUCGAAGACCCCAUUGGGGACCCAUUACCCCGCUCUCCCGCCGUUGCACCUUCUUGAAGAGGAACUCUUUGAACUUGAUCGCAGCCCAUUUGAUUCACGCUGAACAGUGUAUUGUCGUGAGGCCUGCCAUUACGAACUUAGCUGCUAUUCGUUUCGCUCGGCGCAACCUCUCGUGGCACCGAGGGCUUUAAUUGGGGAGAGCGUUCCUCACCUUUUCUGUGCGAGCGUGCUCUGAAAACGACAUCAAGAUUGACCGAGAAAAGUUGGACGGACAUCGGACCUUCCUUGUCUAGAAGGUCUGACCUGGAUCUAUAUUGUUCGCGCGGUCGUCGCAGCCGUCAUCGCACGUGUGCUUCGAGUGCUUCGCCUGGAGGGGUAAGCUCCCGCCUUGGAGCUACAGCUCAUCGCGGAGACGGCGAAAUCGCUCAUUGUCCUCGAAGUGCGGCGUCGCUGCCCUGAUCUGCUUCUUCGCCGUGAACUCUUCAUCUCUCGAGGCGGCUCGACGGGCGUCGCAGUUUUGUUCGCCACACCGUGCGAAGCACUGCUUGUGCGUGGUGCACGCGUGGGCGUCAACCCCCUUCGGACCCCUUCGCCUCCUGGAUCGCCUCCGUCACCUUGUGCCUCGGAGUAUCGUUUCUCCCUUUUGUCCUCUUUUUUUUUUCGUUUUACAUCUUUAGCGCCCCUGUUCUCAUUCUCCGCUGUUUGUGGUAGCCGGCUCUUGCUGUACUGCCGCGAGCGCUCCUGUGCGAACCGGAGUGAGGGAACCGCGUUCCCACAGGCCGCUUGUCGGAGCCGCGUCUCUUUGUGCGUGCGUGUUGUGUUGGUGCGCUUCGUGGUGAUAUGGUGACGGUGCGGUGAGCGCGCGGGACCCGUCCGAAGCCAUGUCUGAGCUGGUGGCCAGGGCCGCGAAGAUCGCGGCCGGAUGCCUGACCCGCCGCUCCAAGCGCUACGACUUGGCCAAGGUGCACGCCAGGGGAUGCAUCGCAGCCGCAGCCGCUCCUCAGCCUCAAGACACCUGGGUUACUGUACAUAAUGUUAAAAGCUGUAAUGAUGGGGGAAUCCUGGACCUUGAUGACCACCUCAAUGAUGUCGUCGAUGACAGAGAACAAAUCAUAGCUGUGUUUGAGGAGCACUCAUCUCCUUGCCCAACCCACAAUGCUGGAGAUGGGACCAGUGCUAGUUCUGUGGGCACUGAGAGUCCCGACAUCUUCCACUGCAAUGAGUUGAACCACAAUGGUGGCGUCAAGGGCGGUUCCAGCUAUGUGGACGUGGAAGAAAUCACUGCUGACAAGCUUCCAGUGGGCGUCGCUCCUCUUCAGGUACGAAGGGGCAGUGAGCCGACGCUAAAUCGUCUUUCACCAGUUUCAUGUGAACUUGAUCCCAGCAAGAGGUGGUCAGCUGCUGUUGUUGUGGAUGACCUCUCACUUACCCGAGGAGUAAAGGAGAAUGGCAGCCUCUCAGACAAUGAGCAGCAGCCUCCUCCCCCACCUGGUGAGAGGGGUGAGGGAAGUGGCGGCGAAGAAAAGUCUACUGCAGGGACGCUGUCGCGCAUUUCGCGGGGCUCUGGACGACUAUCCAUGCUGGGCAAUAACCCCCACAUGCUUCGGUGGGCAGAGGCAGCUGACCGGCAGCUCUACAAGUUUCAAGACAGCAGGAAAGAACCGCUGGGCAGUGCUGGCUCUUCUCCUGACAGGGACAGUGCUGCUUCAUCAGGGAGCAGCCAUGAGGAAAGGGACUCCAUAGUUGUACUCAAGAAUGAGGCCGGUCCAUUGGGCAUCCAUGUUGUUCCAGAGCAAGGCAGUGGGGGAAGGGACAUGGGCCUGGUGAUCCAGGGCAUUGAGCCUGGUGGCCGGAUAGACCGAGAUGGCCGGCUGCGGGUCGGUGACACCAUUGUGGAAGUGAAUGGCCGGAGCCUCCUGAACCUGAGCUUCCAGGCUGCACAACAAGUGUUCAAGGAGGCGCUGCAGUCCCCAGAAAUCUGUUUGCACCUGUCGCGGCGUAGGCCAACACAUUCAGGUUCCUCUCCUAUUUCGUCACCUCCUCCUCCUCUGCCCCUGUCACUGCCUCCAUCAUUAUCAUCAACACUAAGUGGCAGUGAUGCGGGCUCUUCUCUCACAUCCUCAACCCAAAGUCCACCUAAGCGGCCUCCCCCACCUCCAUCUUCCUUCCGCAAGGACCCAGCAGAAGAGCUCAACAAUGGCUCCGUCAACGGUCUCGUUGAGGGAGAAGAAAGGAGUGGUCUCAACAGUAAGGUGGCAACAGUGACACCAACAAAAAAGCUUCCACCACCUCCACCUAAUGUCGGUGCCAAUGGUAGGUCAACCAGUUCAUGCCUGAAUGUGGCCAACACGCGUAAGAUCGGCCGCAAGGUGCACAUCAAGUUGGUCAAGGGGCCCGAAGGUUUGGGCUUCAGUGUCACGACACGGGACAACCCAGCCGGUGGGAACUGCCCCAUCUAUAUCAAGAACAUCUUGCCACGAGGAGCAGCCAUUGAUGAUGGACGGCUCAGGCCAGGUGACCGGUUACUUGAGGUGAAUGGCGUAGAAAUGACAGGCCGGUCGCAAACUGAUGCUGUCACAAUCUUGAGAAAUGCACCACCUGGCAGCACUGUGGAAUUGGUGGUAUCUAGGCAGGAACCGGAUCCUUCACCUAGCCCUGGCCUUCCGCGGGAAAUUCCCCCUGAAAAGGCUGGCGAUGAAGUUGGCAUUUUCCCCUGGCGUCAGAAGGAAAUCCUGACACUUGACAUUCCACUCAACGACACAGGCUCAGCUGGUCUUGGCGUAAGUGUUAAGGGCAAGACAUCGACUGGCGCCAGCUCCCCUGUUGACCUGGGCAUCUUCGUCAAAUCGGUGAUCCACGGCGGUGCUGCAUCUAAGGAUGGCCGCUUGCGCACUAAUGAUCAGCUACUCAACAUCAAUGGGAUCUCACUCCUGGGCAUGACGAACAGCCAAGCCAUGGAGACACUACGGCGUGCCAUGACUCAAGGCGAGGGGCCUAACCCAAAUGCCAUCACCCUCACCAUAGCUCGUAGGGUGCCCUCGCAAGAUGUUGCCGAGAACCUCAGGUUCGAGGAGGGCUUCCUGUCCAGCGGGGACUCAUUCUCGGUGCACCUGCGAUCAGACUCGCUGCUCAGCUCAGACUCAACGGCCGCCUCCUCAUCUUGUGAAAACCUCUCAGUCUCGGGGGGCAGUGGUCGCACACCUGACCAUUCCACAAGCGGCAACUCUGAAAACACUGUGGUCUAUGUGCCUAAGCAGCCACCUCCACCACCUGUGCACGAAUAUGGCUAUGGAAGGAAUCCUGUGCUGGAGCGGCUUAUGGGCCAGAGUUCUGGCACAUUGCCAUCCAACCUUCGCAAUGAGUCAUACCUUCGUGCCAGUCACGACAGUUGGGCGGCUGAGCGGUACAGCAGGCACCACACGGCACCUCGCACCGCACCCAAUCACCGGCCCACUCCGCUGUCCCCCAAUACCAGCCGGGGGUCUGCAGACACGGUGCAAAUAGAGGACGACUACUCAUCCUCUUUGCGGGGUGAGGACACCUCUGUCCCACCCAUGACACCUGUUGAAGAGGAAGCCCCAACACCCACUCUUGGUCACGAUAGCAACAAUCUCAAUCAGAGCGAGUUGUCCUUGGUAGACGGUGGCAUCUUCUGCCGAGAUGGUUUUGGCCGGCAGAGCAUCUCUGAGAAAAGGCACGCCCACUUGGAUGCUCGUAAUACAGACACCUACAAGCGCAACAAGCGAACGCGAGAAGAGCAGGACAAGGCAAACGCUCGGCAGCAGCAGACAGAGGUCAAGACAUCUAUUUCACCCCCAACAAUCGGCAAUGGGUCACAUCGAGAUGGAGCUGAUCCCCGGCGGCCUACAGCACUAAAUGGGAAAGAGCAGCAGAACGGCAACCUGAUGCGGUCCAACUCGGCAGAUUCCCUCUUGAGUCAUUCCAGGUCACAUGGCCCUCCUGAAUCUACAUAUCUAGUCAAAUGUCAGCAAGUGAGCAAGGUGCAUAGGAAUCACUUGUUCUUCUAUCCAGCUUGCUGCUUUAUGGUGAAUGGCGACUCGCCAAGCACUGACGCGAGCUGCCAAACGACCAACACAACGGUGACCAAGAGCAACCACAGCGGCAGUGGCAAUGGCACAGCGCAGCUUGUCGGUCCUUCAUUGGGCAUGCGCAAGUCGAGCAGCCUCGAGAGUCUCCAGACACUCAUGGUUCAGGGGCCAGAUGGCACCAUUGUGGCUUCCACGUCACAGAAUCCACGGCAAGAGCGGGGUGCUAGAGGUUGCAAUGAGAGCUUCCGUGCGGCAGUCGAUCGUUCUUACGAUGGACCAAGCACUGCGGGGGCACAGAAUUCCGCUGACCAGAUGGAGACAUUGGAGGAGGAAAAGGAGAGUGAGACUGGCAGUGCAACAAGUGGCGAGCAUCGAGGCGGCUGCCCAUUGCAUUCGGUCACGGUGCCACUGGAUGCCCGUGAAGCUGCUGCCUAUGCCAGCAAGGAUGCAGCUUCCUCUAAGCCAACACAGCGAAAGAAAGGGUUGCUCAAAGGCCUUGGCAGUGUGUUCAGUAGGUUUGGCAAGAACCGCAAGACGAUUCCAGAACCAGGCUCCAAGCUCUCCCGAGAAGAACUUGAGCAAGAGGCAGAGCGUCUGCGAGCAAGGCAAGCAGCGCGUGAUGAGCAAGAGCGUAUUCAAGAGCAGUACAGGAAGCUGCUAGAGCAGCAGCAACAGCAGCAGCAGCAAGAGCAACAGCAGCAGCAGCAGCAGCAGCAGCGACAACAGCAGCACAUGCAGCCUUCCCACCAGCCACCAUUGCCACCCCUGCCAACACAGCAGCAACAGCAGUAUCAGCAGCAACAGCACCAUCACUUUCAAAAUCAGGGAUGGCUCUUCUUACAGCGAGGGCCUGCGCAACACCAGCAGCCCUCACCCUCGGUAUCCUCGCCACCACCAUGUCCAAGCAGAAGCACGCCAACCUCCACAAGUGCAGCAUCACGUCAGGAACGCAUGCAGCUGUUGCGGGCCCAGCACCAGAAGCGGCAUGUGGAGCGGCAGGGCCACUAUCCGCGUGACGACCUUGAAGAGUGGUACGAGAAAGACCUGCAACACAAGAUGCGCAGCCCUGUGCCACCGCAAGGCCGUCCUCUGCCGCCUGUGCCUCAUGCCUUGCUGCCACCUGCCUAUGGCACGUGCGGCUAUGCUCAGAGGGCAAUCCCUAAGGCUGUAAAAAGGACAUGUUACACUCAGAAGCGCAUACAAUCUGUAAUGUAUACAAGCUGUGUAUACUGUAACAAACCACUGGCUAACGGUCACAGUUUGAGACGAGAUAGUGAUGUUGUCCACUCAAGGUCACAAAGUUUUGACAUAUUUAAGGAAAUGGAACGGCCAGGAAGCCGGGUUGGACUUGUAGACCCCACCCAGUACAGCCACUAUGUUAACUUUAACGAGAUCCAGCUACACCUCCGGCAGUUCCAGCAGAAGCAGCAGCAGCAGCAGCAGCAGCAGCAGCAGGUCUCCUCACAGUCUCGAGAUCCCACCUGCAGCAGUUCAUCACAGCCAGCGCCCCCACCACCAAUGUCCAAUCGGUCUCGCCCAGAACGCCCGUCAUCAAACUACUUUGAGUACGAGACUGUCCAGGGUGUUCCUCCAAAGCCCCAAAAGGAAAGGAACGGCAUGGGCCCAACAGAGUCCAAUUCACUUCCACGGCACGCACACGUGGCUGGGCAUCGCAUGGUGUAUGCCAAAACGGUCCCAAUGCAACAGACAAUGCAGCCCACCCAUAGUGCUCUUGGCAGUGGCAAUGUUGGAGUGAUGAUCAAGACUGUUCCGCGGGCUGCUCCGCGGGCACACCUCCAAACGAUGGCUGGCUACAGGCAUUCUCCAAACCAUUUGUCACAGGUCUACGGUAUCACGUCACGUCAUGACAUUGGUCAGCAGAUGCCUGGCUCCAAAGUAUGAAUGAACCAUUGCAGUGUUCUGCCUUGUUGCUUCUUAAAAUUUUUUUUCAUUAUCGUGUUGUAUGAACACUGAGAUGCAUGUGUGUAUAGCGUUGACAUUGACUUCCACCAGUACCUCAAAGAUGGAACAUGUCUGUUUCAUGCACGAAGCAGUGUAGGAUGUGGUUGUUUGGACCAGGAGAGUCAUCCGUCCAAGCUCGGUACUGCUGUUGCUUGCCUUAUGGGCAUGCCCAAGAUCGUUUCUCUCUCUCCUUUCUUUUUUUUCGCGUGCAUUGCUAUGUUUCAAGCUGCACUGGGUAUGACAUUAAAGAAAAGUGUGCCAUUUUUAUGCAAGGUAGUGACAAUAGGAGAUAGAACUGAAAAGGAGCACCACUACCCCUGCCAUGUGUCCAAUGCUGUUUUGUGUAGUGCAGACAUGAGUGCAGCUGAUUGUAUUUUUAGAAUGCAAUUUUGUAUUGUCGUGGAAGCGAUAUAGUGUGUUAUAAGGAAAUCGUUGCGUUUACGCACCAUGAAAGAAGCUCUUACCUUUUUUUUUUACUAACAAACAGGAACAAAAGAAUGUGCAGGUGCCUUGCUGACUCUGGGUUAUUUGUAAGAAUGUUUUCAUCUUCAUAAUUGUGUGGAGUUUGAUGAGAUCAUGUAACUCAUGACCUUACAUUUGUUAUGAUGGGAGGAAAGUUGCAUUGAGUUCUCAUACAUUGCUGGUGUUUGAUUUGUUCACUGGCUUGUUUCAUGUAUUUACACAUUCAUUAUUUUUCCCAUCAAGGAAAAUGUGCAUUGUAAGUGCUCGCUAAACCGUCACCUUUUUCUUACAUGAAACCCUGUUCUUUUUUUUUUCUUAUUCCAUUGUACAUAUGUUUCUCUUUCUUCUUUAUUAAUGAAAUUUUCUUUCUCCUUUUUCUUUUUAAUUGAAUGUGACAGUGUGGCUUAUGAGAGUGUAAUCUUGCCUUAGCACAUGUCUUCGCACCCUUUAUACAAGGUUGUGCAGCCGGAUCGUUCAUUCCUGUUUUUCUUGUAUCUUGUAAAAUUUUUGUAUGACAGUUUAUAUAUAAAUGAGAAAACAUCUUUUUAGGACAAGCCUUUGUAAGUCUGAUUCUACACUCAUUUCUCCACUUGAACAUACAGAAUAAAGAGAAAUGUACAGUUGA